CGUAAUUUACAUUAACUUGAUUUCAUUCCAGGAGAUAGGGAGUGUAUUGUAGUUUGAUGCUAUCAAUGUUAUGGCUUUGCAUUUGAGGAUGGACCGGAAGUUAGCGCGCCGUCGUAGCCCAAAUGUGGAAACGGUUCGUGCAUAGAAACCAUUCUGCUACAUAACCAAGCAAAUAUUAGUAAGUGGUGGAAAGUACAAAUACUUUAUUACUGGAUUUAAGUUGAUUUCCAAGGUAUCGAAACAUGACUUAUUUGACAACUUUUUAACUUUUACCCCCAUAAAUUUGAAAACAGACAUCCUUACUUCGUCAAAAUAGGCUUGUUACUUUUUUCAACCACAUACCGGAGAGAAACAUAAAGCAAAUAGGAGUUUAGAUUGUGAUUCAUAACAAUUUGAGGUGUUCAUUGGGUUUUCCUGAUGAUGGAAUGAUUGAUUUGACAUGCAGUCACACCCGGAUAUAAUCCAUCAUUAGACUCUAUGCUCUGACAUAUGACUUUGAAUUUCCCUUCAGGGAUUUACGGUCUUCUUAUACCACUAUUCCUCAUUAUUAUAGUGCGAAUCCUUCAGACAACCUUUCAAGAUUGUGCUCAGUCAGAAGCGCCAUAUGGGGAAACAAAGCUUUUGCUUGGGAAUUCUGUCAUCUGUUGGACACACCCAACCAUUGGGACGGCUCGUAUGAAUUCUGGUGCCUCUGGGUAAUUUCAAACUAAUGCCCAAAUAUUUAGACAGUUCCUGUUUGCUGAAGAUAACAUUGUUUCAUUAUGACCAGUAUCCGAGCAAACAAUUCUGUGAAACUGGACAGGUAAAACAUCAUUUAAGACAUUCACAUGGGCUAUAUAAGCAUAGAAGCUUUGGGCCACAGUAUCAUUACAAUUUGGCUGUUGCAGAAUGAUUGUCCCUCUGUGUGUCUUUGCUCUACUGGGCUCCACACUGGCCUGGGGGGGUUUGAACCAAUGGCAUGAACUUAGUGUGAAUGCUGAGACUGGAAGCGGGGGUGCAGACUCUUGCACUUGUGAUGCCUUCUUGCCAAGUUCUACGUUUCCCGUGAAAGAUCUAGCGGUGGUGGAGCAGGCAGCUGAGCAGAUCUCCCACAAGCUGGAAAUGGAGAUGGCCAAGAUUGAGGACUAUGAGAUGAAGAUGACACAAUAUGCGGAAAAGAUCAUCGAGCUGACAAGGGAAAUUGAGCUACUGGAAAAGAAACCUGAUGCCAAUAGUGAUGCCACUUUGGAAAACAUGGAGUUGAAGAUUAAGCAAGUCGAGGCUCUGGUUGAGGAGCUGAAGAUUUCAUUCAAAAGCUCUGGCACCGUCUUCCAGUCUCUUCACCAAGAGAUCACAGUCAUGGUGAAGAGCCUCGAUCAGCUGGAGAAGACCCACGACACGAAUUUGGUUCUACAGACACGCCGAGAGUACAUCAAGAUCCAAAUGGAGCUAGAAGAGUGCGAGAGACGCCAUCAAGAGAUCUUCAACCCCAACAUCGGUUCCUGCGAUCAUACGGGUAUCAUCAAGGUCAGCAAGCCCCUUGUGAGUCAACUUAAUGCUCAACUAGGCACCUCCUAUAUAUACGGCGGCUGGGGCAAAGAUUCAAAGCCUAUUCCUGACAGGGAGUCUAUGUACUGGUUUUCUGGAGACUCUUCUAUUUACAUCGAUGACAUUAGGUUCUACAGUAACUACAAAGAUCUGGUAUUGAGAAAACCUUUCCUGCAUCACACCAUUCCAAGUGGGUGGAAUGGUCUUGGCAGCAAUUAUAUAGUUCGUGGCAACACACUAUAUUAUCAGAAAUACAGUCCAUUUGGCUUGGCUAAAUAUAAUUUUACCAGCAUGACAUAUGAUUCCAGGGUGAUUCCGGGGGCAAGCUCAACCUUUUCCUAUGCCAACUAUGAUCAUCAGAUCUUUGAUUUUGCUGCAGAUGAGAAUGGUCUUUGGGUGACCUAUGCCACAGAUCAGUCAAAUGGCAAGAUGGUCAUUGCUAAAAUAAACGAAGAAUCUUUUGGGAUUGAGGAAGUAUGGGAGACCAGUGUCUAUAAACCAGCCAUUAACAACAUCUUUAUGGUUUGUGGUGUUCUUUAUGCUGUCAGGACAGUUGACAUCCAGAAUGACGAGAUCUUUUUGAUGUUUGACACUAAAACCAAAGAAGAGAAGCACAUAAGUAUAUUUUUUGAGCGAUUCCAGGAUAAGUAUUCCAACCUGGACUACAAUCCAUCUGAUCAGAAGCUAUACAUGUACACUAAUGGCUACUAUGUCAAUUACCACCUUUGGUUUAACCACACAGCUACGGCCACAGUCGAACCCCCUUUUGCUCCAACCCAAAUCUAACAUGUGACCUACUGGAAGAGUCACUGUUUUUUCCCAUCACUUCAGCGCUCGUAAAAUCAAGUAUCUCUUUUAUGAUUACCUGCAAAUAAAUCAUCAUAUGCAUCAACAA